ACGCAGAGAAGGGAAGAAAGGAAGGACAGAGCUACAAAUGGCAACAACGAAUCUCUGCCCAGCAUUUGCCUACACAGUUGUGUACGUGAAGGACGUAGCCAAAUCCUUAGAUUUCUACGAGAAAGCAUUUGGUUAUCAUGUUCGUCGCUUGGAUGACGCUCACAGAUGGGGAGAGCUGGAUAGUGGGCAGACCACCAUAGCUUUCACUCCGAUCCACCAACGUGAGACAGAUAAACGAAGUGGUGCAGUGCAGACUCCGCAAACCGAUGGCGAGCGACCCCCUCUUGAGGUUUGCUUUGCCUAUGCAGAUGUAGAUGCUGCAUACAAGAGGGCGGUGGAGAACGGAGCAGUGGCGUUGAGCCAGCCGGAGGACAAAGAAUGGGGACAGAGAGUUGGAUACGUGCGUGAUAUCGAUGGAAUCGUGGUGAGGAUGGGAAGCUAUGUAACGAAGCCUGCAAAGCAAGACUGAUUCUGUUUAGGGAUGUUUGCUAGUAUAUAUGAACUUAACUAAGAUUUUGAGUGUUAUAUUUGGUGAACUUAUGAAUGAAAUAUAUGAUUGGUAUUAUUAGUUUAAGAAAAUUAUUUGUAUUAGUAUUUCUUGUUUGCAAAUAAAAAAAAUUGUUCAUCAAGAAUGAUUUACUUAUGCAA